GAGCAUCGAUAAGUUCCCAGCGUGUUGUUGCAGCGUCAUUCUGUUUGAAUGAAGUUCAGACUGAGAACUAGCCAACUCUUCAUUCGCGCACCGGUGGAUCGAAACAGGGAAAAAAAGAGAGUUCGGGAAGUAAACGGUUGCCAAACAUGCCGGUGUUUACAGUAAAUGUGAAAUGGGGCAAAGAGAAGUUUGAUGCAGUAGAGCUGAACACCGAGGAACCACCCAUGGUGUUCAAGGCUCAGCUCUUUGCCCUGACAGGAGUUCAGCCUGACAGACAGAAGGUCAUGGUGAAGGGAGGUACUCUGAAGGAUGACGAGUGGGGAAACAUUAAACUGAAAAAUGGAAUGACUCUGCUGAUGAUGGGCUCAGCAGAUGCCCUUCCUGAGGAGCCUGCUGUCCGGCCCAUGUUUGUAGAGGACAUGACUGAGGAGCAGCUGGCCUCAGCGAUGGAGCUGCCUUGUGGACUGACAAACUUGGGCAAUACCUGUUACAUGAAUGCCACAGUGCAGUGUCUGCGCUCUGUGCCAGAGCUCAAAACUGCACUCAGAAGGUAUACAGGUGCUCUGAGAUCUUCAGGAGCAAAUGCACCAUCACAAUACAUCACAGCAGCCCUUCGUGACUUGUAUGAGACCAUGGACAAGACCUCAUCUAGCCUCCCACCCAUUAUUUUGCUGCAGUUCCUUCACAUGGCCUUUCCACAGUUUGCUGAGAAGGGUGACCAGGGACAGUACCUCCAGCAGGAUGCCAACGAGUGCUGGCUGCAGAUGAUGAGAGUGCUUCAGCAAAAGUUGGAGCCACUGGAGGCAGAGACUCCCAUGGAGACUGACACUGAGGGCGGAGCUGCCUCCACGAAGAAAAACUUCAUCGACCAGUAUUUUGGCGUAGAAUUCGAAACUACUAUGAAAUGCACAGAGUCUGAGAAAGAGGAGCCAAUCAAGGGCAAGGAAAGCCAGCUCCAGCUCAGCUGCUUCAUCAACCAAGAAGUCAAAUACCUUGCAACAGGACUGAGGCUGAGACUGCAGGAAGAAAUCACAAAAAUGUCUACAACCUUGGAAAGAAACGCCCUGUAUAUAAAAUCCUCAAAACUCAGCCGUCUCCCUGCCUACAUGACUGUUCAGAUGGUCAGAUUUUUCUACAAAGAGAAGGAGUCUGUCAAUGCUAAAGUCCUUAAGGAUGUCAAGUUCCCGCUCAUGCUUGAUGUCUAUGAGCUGUGCACCGCGGAGCUCCAGGAGAAAAUGCUGCCAAUCAGGUCAAAGUUUAAGGAGGUUGAGGACAAGAAGCUAGAGAAACAGCAGCAAAAGUUGGUGAAGAAGCCAGACACUGCAAAAGUGAAAUAUGAGCCGUUCUCAUUUUCUGAUGAUGUUGGUUCCAACAACAGUGGCUACUACGACCUGCAGGCUGUGCUGACACACCAAGGCCGUUCUAGCUCAUCAGGUCACUACGUGGGAUGGGUCAAGAGGAAAGAAGAACCAAUUCUGUCAAAUGGUGUUAAAUAUUCAACAGUAGUGGGCUUUGAAAAUGGAGAUAUGACGAGAGGCAAUCUCUGGACUGGAUCCUUGAAAGAGGUUUUUAAGUCUAGCGCUGUAGUUUCAUUAAAUGUUUUAUACACAUUGUAUAUUUUUAAAGCCUUUGAUAAGGUGCUCAUAUCAUAAAAAGCAAAAUAUUUCUCUUUAGUCAUUUAAUCAACUUGUACAAAAAUGCCUAGCCAAGCUGUUUUCCGCGACAUUCUGGCUUGUAUCUUCUCAGAUGUAUUAUGGAGAUUUUCACGUAACACUGUAAAGACUUGCUCUUGUUCACCUGUUGGCCCUCUGGGAAAUUUGGGUUCAAUCUCAGGUCUUUUCUUAAGUGCUUGGCUCGCGUCAUCUCCUGGAAUUGUUCUCAAAUGUAUUGACAGAUGAGGUUCUUUCUGCCAA